UAAUCUUUAAGGAUCUGAGAUAUCAAAACCCCAUUAUCCACAAGUGGCCCAACGGUAUCAAAUAUGGCGUGUUUAGCCUCUGAGAUACUAAAUGACCCUGGGGGAAUGAACAAGUUAUAAAGCAAAUUUAUGAAGUGUGUACAGCCCAUUCCUCCUUGGCUUAUUCACUCAACAUCAGCUCUAUUUAGCCUCUGAGUAGAUGGCUUGGCAGAAAGGGCACAUGAGUUGGCUCUCACCAGUCAUCUUAUGCAUUUGCCUCAACAGGCCUCUGGGGCAAGUGUUUCUGACAGUGAUGUCCAUGCACAUGUGUGAGAAAACAUCUUCAGUUACCAUCUGCCCCUGCCAUGUUUAUUUUUAUCCCACUCACGCCUUCAAUCCAAGACUCGGUUCUCUCUCUCUCUCUCUUAGCUGAGAGGAGACCACCCAAUAACAGAUUCUCUCUGGUUCUUCCUCAUUUCCUCACGUCUGUGGAGCAAUGAACGAUAGUCCCUUGCAAGUGUUGACUUUGCCUACUGCUCCGUACCAUGACCAGAGGCCUGGAACCAGUGGUUUAAGGAAGAAGGUCCAUGUUUUCCGGUCUAAGAAGAACUAUCUGCACAACUUCAUUCAAUGUAUCUUCUCUUCCAUCGACCUGCGGGACAGGCAGGGCUCCACUAUGGUGGUGGGAGGAGAUGGACGCUACUUCAAUUCGACUGCCAUUCAGGUCAUAGUGCAGAUGGCUGCUGCAAAUGGGGUGGGUCGUCUUACAAUCGGUCAGAAUGGCAUCAUGUCAACACCAGCUGUGUCUUGUGUGAUCAGGAAGAUCAGCGCUAUCGGUGGAAUUAUCCUUACAGCCAGCCACAACCCCGGAGGACCUGAUGGAGACUUCGGCAUCCAGUUCAAUACUGCCAAUGGAGGUCCUGCACCAGAGUCUGUGACAAACAAAAUCUUUCAAAUAAGCAGAUCUAUAGAGGAAUAUGCCAUCUGUCCUGAACUCAGAGUAGAUCUGGCAACCAUUGGCAAACAAUCCUUUGAUCUAGAAAACAAAUUCAAACCUUUUACAGUAGAAAUUGUGGAACCGGUUGAAUCCUAUGCCAACUCGCUGAGGAAUAUCUUUGACUUUGCUGUUGUGAAGGAGCUGCUCUCAGGAGACAACCAUAUACAGAUCCGUUUAGAUGCCAUGCACGGGGUGGUUGGGCCGUACAUAAAGAAGAUCCUGUGUGAGGAGCUGGGCUCCCCUGCAAACUCAGCCAUUAACUGUGUACCUCUGGAGGACUUUGGAGGACGUCAUCCAGACCCCAACUUGACCUAUGCUGCUGACCUUGUUGAGACGAUGAAGAGUGGGCAAUAUGACUUCGGCGCUGCUCUUGAUGGUGAUGGUGACCGUAAUAUGAUCCUUGGGAAGCAUGGCUUCUUCGUAAACCCCUCAGACUCUGUCGCUGUCAUUGCCGCAAAUAUCUUCUGCAUCCCUUACUUCCAGCACACAGGUGUAAGAGGCUUCGCUAGGAGUAUGCCCACCAGUGCAGCUCUUGACAAGGUGGCUAAAGCCACCAAGAUCCAACUAUAUGAGACACCAACAGGUUGGAAGUUCUUUGGGAACCUGAUGGACGCAGGUCGUGUUUCGCUUUGUGGGGAGGAAAGUUUUGGCACAGGUUCAGAUUAUAUACGUGAGAAGGACGGGCUUUGGGCCGUGCUGGCAUGGCUUUCUAUUAUAGCCACAAGGAUGCAAAGUGUAGAAGACAUCAUGACAGAACACUGGAGAACCUACGGCAGGAACUACUAUACCAGAUUCGACUAUGAGGAGGUGGAUUUGGAUGCAGCUGUGGAGAUGAUAUUGGAUCUUGAGCUGAUGAUUUCUGACAAGUCAUUCAUUGGGCAAAUAUUUACUGUGGGGGGAAAGAAAUACCAGGUGGAGACAGCAGAUAAUUUUGAGUACAGUGAUCCUGUAGAUGGAACCAUAUCAAGAAACCAGGGCCUGCGGAUCAUUUUCACAGGAGGUUCACGCAUAAUAUUUCGUCUCAGUGGCAGCGAUACUUUCAGAGCCACAGUUCGUUUGUACAUCGACAGUUGCGAGACAGAUGUAAACAAGAUAUUUCAAGACCCACAGGUGGCGCUGGCGGAGCUCGUAACUAUUGCCCUGCAGCUUUCACAAAUCCAUGAAAGAACCGGGCGAAGUGGGCCUACUGUUAUUACAUGAUUACUGUUAUAUUUGCCUUUUUUAUUCACCUGUAUUUUAAAGUGUAAAACACAAUUUUCUUGCCGUAUCUUGAUGCACUUGUCAGUAUAUUACCUGUUUUUUGUCAGCGUUGUCUAAUAAGAGCAUAGAUAUCAGUGAGCCGCGUUCCCCAAGAAACGCUCCACUGCGAAGGGUCGUGGCUUAUUAUGUGCGUAUCCGUCACUGGACGCCACGUUGAGGUUACCAAGCAACGUUCAAGAGUUCACAGACUCAUAAACAAGGGCUAAUCUUGCAAGAAAUGACAGUGAAAUAAAACGAAUCAGUCAUUGAAAGGUAACUAUUUACUAAAACUCCAAUCCAGAUGUCUUUAUGUCUUAAAUCUAAGAAAUGUGUUUAUAUAUACGUUUUUAUCUAGGAAAAGUGUAUUUUAUAUUACAUUUUUGAAAUAGUAUUACAAAUAAAACGUCAUUUUAAGUUAUGGUUACCUUACACAUAUCGUCAGUUGACAGUAACUUACUAUUAUAAUGUUAUAUGGAAACGUAAAGUACAAACGCAUUUGUCCAUUGACGUCACUUGUCUGAAUAAA